GAACAUAUAUAUUUUCUCUGUGAUUCAGGGUUGGAACACGCAAGAGAGAAUUUGCCGACAUGGGUGAUUACUGCGCAGUAAAAACGAAAUGCGGCGAAGAGUCGUGCCUGUUGGACCCUGUCGACCCUGAUAUUCAGGGUAUAGGAUAUUGUCCAGGUUAUCCUCUCAAUGCUUGUGAUUUCCUUCACGGCCAUGAUCACUGCUUUCCUUGCCAUCGUUCGGCGCAGGCUCCCUAAAGAACAAUACGCUCUGUUCGACGAGCUCUUCUUGGCACUCCCAUUCGUGAAAUGGAUUGCUGGCAACCCUGAAAAUCAUCCUGCCUGUCACCAAAUCAGCAGAUUCCAGACGUUUAUUCUAUCCCUCAGCGAUCAAACCCUGGUAACGGGCUUCGCGCUUUGCGUCACCAUAUCAAUUCUUUUCUGCGAUAUGUCCGCAUUUUCUUACCAUGUCGGCAUAGAGCUCGCUUCAUUAGCAUCAGGUGUACACCUGGCGACGUUGAGCAUCUUGAGGCUACACUUUCAUAAUCAUAUAUGGCAGACUCGUGUUCGUAGUGCCUUAAUGGCGUUCUACCUGGCAACCAUGAUCGCAGGUACCUACCUGGAGCACAUCAUAUGGAACUACGAUCCGUCGAGACCAGCUGCCUGCGAGCUAUGGGAGAGCUAUGGUGACAAAGAGACUUUUAGCGUAGCGCUGCGAGACGGAACUGCCGACGCUAUUGUCAUGUUAAUCCUUUACAUGAGCGCCAUGCGUGAUAUACGACGGGAGGAUGAGAAUUACACGUCUACACCUCCCUGGCUGCUGACGAUCAUGUGUUCCAUUUACAGAGAGCCCAACCCGAAGCGUUUCACAAGUCUCGACAAGAAACACAAGGUUAUCAAAAAAACGACACCCGCACACUCCGAGACAAUGGUGGUAUGGACCAUCUUGGCGGACGUUUUGACGGAUAUCUAUGACUCGUUGAUCCUCGACUUUUGCACCAGUCUUACUUGGACCGGGAUCGGUUUGGAGUCGUUGCGACGAAGCCUUUUUGAGCCAGAAGUCGACAUAAGUCCUCUCCUUGAAUUCAGCUUUGGUCAAGUCAUGCCGCUGCUGCUUCUGCUGGUGUUUGCUCUCACAGCACUGGAGGUCGGGAGCAUCACAAAGCCCAUUCAUAAAGAAGCCCAGAUGCCUGGUGCUUUAGCUGCAAGAGGAUUUGGUGAAGAGGAAACCAGCCAGACCAUAGUUGUUCCGAGAGCAAAGGGGUCUUCCGCAGUGUUAGGGUCUGAAAAGUCGGAAGUAGAAAUACCGGCGAUCCAAAUGGGCGACACUACAGCAGGCUCUACUCCCCAAGGCAGCUCCAUGAUCGUGCGGUUUCGGCCUCACCAGCAGAUAUCACCUCAAACACCCCAAGACAGAAGAGGAUCUCUGCCUUUGGCAGCCCGAAAAAUGGGUUUAGGGCCAAUGCAGCGCUUUGAGACAGCAUCAUCUUCCUCAUCGAGUGCUGGGCGAACUGUCGCUCCAAUUUCCAAAGUUGCUACUCCCCAUCAGCUUGAGACCAGAGUCAAUACCCUCACGACUGAAGAAGGCAACCCCGCCAGUACGCCCAGAUACCAGAGUGUUGUCGAAGCUGCAAGAGAAAAAAGAAAAGUGGCCUUUUGCAUUGCACUGCUGGUGUCGGUCAUCCAUUUUGUUGGUGUCUUGCUGUUCACAUAUUUCUGUUUUCCCUAUUCUGCAUUUGCUUUUGCUGGGUUUCUUCUGCUGUCCUAUGUCUGGAAGACAGUGCGCCACGUCAUAUUUAUUCGUCGUUUUCGAGUGGCGUACCUAAAGCUGGAGGCACGUGAAGGACACUAGGUGCUGGGAGACAUAACACGGCGUAAAUCAGUCAAGUUUCUUUUGUAAUAACGUGUUUACAUACUUUUCAACCCCCUUAUGUCUUAGUUUAUACUCC